GGGCGCCCUGGUCCCGGGACCGUCACUCCCCGCCGGCCUUCACGGGAGCCCCUUCCUCCGCCGCCUCCACCCCUGCCGCCAUGACCACCACCACCACCUUCUCGGGCAUGGACCCCAGUGGCAGGAACAGCUCCAGAGUACUGCGCCCUCCUGGAGGUGGCUCCAACUUCUCACUGGGUUUUGAUGAGCCAAAAGAGCAGCCUGUGCGAAGGAACAAAAUGGCAUCCAGCAUCUUUGGAACUCCUGAAGAAAACCCACCUUCCUGGGCUAAAUCAUCGGGGGCUAAGCCAGGUGAAGUCAGAGAAGACUGUGAGUCAUCUGGACCACAAAGAAGAAACUCAACUGAUGCAAACUGCGGAGACUUCGUAGAUCCGAAGGGAGGAGAUGGUGGUGUUGAAACUUCUGAAAACACUGAGGCUGAUGUAGAAGCUGCCCCAGGUCAGAAUGAAGAAAAAUCCCUGCCUGCUGCACCUGUUCCUAGCCCAGUAGCACCAGCACCUGCACCAUCCAGGAGAAAUCCACCCGGUGGCAAGUCCAGCCUAGUCCUUGGUUAAAUCUUUCCUUUCCUGACUGUUCUGAACUCGUGUCUGUUUCUUUUCCCCCAUGCUUGUGAACUGCACAACUUGAGCCUGACUGUACAUCUCGAAUUUCUUUCAUUAAAAAGAAGCACUUUAUGUACUCCAUCUUUUUUUUUU